UCUACAUCAAUGCAAUUUUACCCAGUAUAUAGGAGUGGAAAAGUUCAAACAAUUAUUCUUAAAUAGGUCUUCAUCCUGUAAUAAUUGUCUAAAGGAAAAUAAAACCAAGCUUUUUAUCUAAAUAGAAACAACAAGAGAGCACAGAAGGAGGCACAUUUUGAAGUGGAAUGCGACCUCGCGAGAUUUCAGUGAGUUUACUUGAGUAAAUGCCACGUCUUAACAAUAGCAUCCACGCAGACACAAGUAUAAGCGUUUUAUCAAACGUAUUGCUCGCAGGACGGAGAGUUAUCCAGUGGCACAGCAGGCAGUGAUAUCUGACACAAUCCGGGGAUAACAUGGACUGUGUACGUCUGCUGGCACUGGCCGCAUCUGCAGUCAUCCUGUUAGCCUCCCAUUCAACCACCGCUCAUAGCCAUUCCCAUGGCGACCAUGGACACGCACACUCCCACGGCCACGGGCACUCCCACGAUGACCAUGACGAAGUGAAGAUGUUCCACGGAGCGAGCAAGUGGAGCGCCGAGGCUAACAUCCCUCUGCAGGAAGAGGAGCACCACGGGCACGCUCACUCUCAUGACCACGGACAUGAUCACGGGCACGCUCAUGAUCACGGGCACGGACACGCUCAUGAUCAUGGACACGCCCAUGAUCACGGACAUGCACACUCUCAUGAUCAUGGGCAUGCUCAUGAUCACGGACAUCAGGAGGAGGUUGUUCGGGUGCAUAAGGAGGAAAAUGGACACUUGCACUCACAGGGAGGGGAUAGGGUGAAGAGAGAGGCAGAAGUAGAGAAGAGGGAUACGUUGGAGCUUUGGACGCAGGCUAUUGGAGCGACCCUGCUGAUCAGUGCGGCCCCUUUCCUCAUCCUGUUCCUGAUUCCAGUUCAGUCCAACAGUGACCAGCACCAGAACCUGCUGAAGGUGCUGCUCAGCUUCGCCUCAGGUGGACUGCUGGGUGACGCCUUCCUCCACCUCAUACCACACGCUUUGGAGCCCCACUCUCACCAUGGAGAAGAAGAUCUCGGACACUCGCAUGCAAGUGAAGAGUCAAAUGACCAUGGCCACUCCCACGGGGCUGCCCACGGUCACAUGAUGUCGGUGGGUCUGUGGGUUCUUGGUGGGAUCAUAGCCUUUCUGGUUGUGGAGAAGUUUGUGCGGGCACUGAAGGGAGGCCACAGCCACGGACAUUCCCACGGUCACUCACAUGAUGCUCCCAAGGAAAAAGACAGUGAUGGAGAAGAAGAACAAAAGGAAAAGAAGAAAGAGGGGAAAAAAAGCAAAGACAAAGUGGUGCCAAGGAAAGAGGAGCCAAAGACCACAGACAUCAAGGUGUCGGGUUAUCUGAACCUUGCAGCUGACUUCACACAUAACUUCACUGACGGCCUGGCCAUCGGAGCAUCGUUCCUGGUCAGUCCUGCUGUUGGCGCCGUCACCACCCUCACCAUCCUGCUGCACGAGGUCCCACAUGAGAUUGGAGACUUUGCCAUCCUUGUCCAGUCUGGCUGCACCAAAAAAAAGGCCAUGUGUCUACAGCUGCUGACCGCUCUGGGAGCUUUAGCCGGCACAUCUUGCUCCCUAUUGGCCGAGGGUGUGGGCGCUGCGGCGACUGCCUGGAUCCUGCCGUUCACUGCCGGCGGCUUCGUUUACAUCGCCACGGUGACGGUGCUCCCAGAGCUGCUAGCGGGCCGCACCAGUUUCGGCCAGUCUCUGAUGGAGAUUCUGGCCCUGCUGUUUGGAGUCGGAAUGAUGGUGCUAAUCGCCGAGUACGAGUGAAACGCAGCAGAGUGGAUGGAGAAAAGGGUCAAAAAACGGUUGGAAAAGAAAUGAUGCUGGUUUUAAGUAGAGUCCAAUUGGAUUAUUGUUUGUCUUUUUUUAUUGAUUCUGUUUUGGGACGAGCACCACCUAAUGAUGGCGAAUGGAUGAUUUUUGUUAUGUUUUUUAUGGUGUUUCACGUCCUGAUUUGUAACACUGUUUUUUGGGAGAGACUGAGAGCUGGAAAGAAACGUUCUGAUUUAAAUAUUUUCUGAGGACUGCUCUCCAUUAAGGGUCUCCAUCUAGACAGGAUGAGAUAUUUCUGUUCACUGGUUUCACAAUUUACUCACUGCGAUCAAGAACCGGAUCCUUCAGCUUCACAUUUACCUGUGGCCGGUUUCCAAGAGGGGCUUUAAGUAAAUUCCUCUUCCAGCACUUUUUCUGUCCCUUUGCAAAUAAAAUCUACAUUUCACAGUUGGGUCAGUGAAAGGUAAAGCAAUGUUCGGGCUGCACUGUUCUCACUGCAGUGCUGUUUAAUGUCUGUCUGGAGAUGUUGAAUGUUAAUAUUUUUACAUUCCACAAAAUAAAAGUAAAUGUUGUGGGUUCUACA